AUGGAACCCGUGGUAUCGCCUCUUAGUUCCGAAGGCGCUGGCGCAAACGGCGUCCCCCCGCCUCCUUUCAAUAUCAUCGACCCCAAAGUCAUAGUCGAUCAUCUUGCCUCAGUCAUUAGUAUCGCUCUUGGAGCUACCCGUGCCGAACUUGAGCGGCCUGGGAGCCUUCUUUCUAGCGAUAAUUACACGGACACCAUUCAUCGGUGUAGCCGUUUUGCGACCGACACCCAAGUCGUUCUAUACAUACAAAAAGAUGCUGAGCCCCUGGAUGACAUUCCAGAUGGACCAGCCGAUAAUGUCCCCGUCUCUUACACGUAUACGAUUACUUCUGAGAUCUCCUCGUCCCCGACUACUAUUGCCUACCUUGCGCUGUUAAAGCGUCCUCAAGCCAUCGACCCUUUACUCCCUUUAACCUCGCAAAUCCAGAUCCAGACUCUCCCGGGUACCGCCUCCCUAGCUAGCCUUGUUGCUGAGCAAGGUCCUUCUGCUUCUCCAUUCGAGAUCCUCCACUCUAUUGUUCAUAAUGCGCUGGCGCCUUAUUUUGAUGCCAAUACCAAGAUCCCUCAGACUGUUAAUGGAGUUAGAAACCGAGCAGACGUGGACGCAAAGACGGGCAUCCCUAUUACCAAGAAGCGGAUGACCGAACUCGAGCUGAGUUUGCUACACCUCCAACAGAAUGUGGAGAUCCCGGAGCUAUCCCUCUCCUUCCACCCGAUCGUGCAAACCGCUUUAGAUGAUGCUGUAGCUCGUGGCGUACGACCGUCGACCGACUUGAUCUCAAAUCGUCUGCUUGGUGAUAGCACUUUUAUGAAUAAUUUGCAAUCGACCGUCAACAGUUGGAUCAAAUCCAUCCAAUCUAUCACAAAGCUGACCCGCGAUCCCGUGACCAGGACGGCGACACAAGAAAUCAAUUUCUGGUUGUCAAUGGAAUCUGCAUUAGAGGGCAUUGAGGCUCAACUGAGAAGUGAAGGUGUCAUGUUAACCUUGGAAAUUCUCAAGCAUGCCAAGCGUUUCCAGGCAACUGUCAGCUUUACAGCUGACACUGGAUUAAAGGAAGCAAUGGAAAUGGUACAGAAAUACAACCAGCUAAUGCGUGAUUUUCCACUUGAUGAGCUUCUCUCCGCGACGUCAUUACCCAAAAUUCAAGAUGCUGUUGCGCAGAUAUUUAGCCAUAUGAACAAGAAAAUGAGGUUCAGCAACUACCCCAUUGCUAGAACGCUGCAUCUGGUUGAAGCCAUUUCUGCCGAUUUGGAAGACGUUAUGCACCGACUUCUUCCAGGAUCCGAGUUAGUCGAUUUGGACUACAAGGAUUUCAAGGGGCUCAUGGCUACCGCAGAUGAGAUUUUCAAAUCAUGGGAUACUCAGAUCAAAGAAUUUACGAAUAUAGCUCGAGACACCACACGUCGAAGGCAAGAGAGGUUCAUUCCUAUCAAGGUCAUGCCUAAGCAUAGCGAGUUGCAGGCACGCUUGAAAUAUAUCGACAAUUUCAGGGAUAAUCAUGAGCAACUCCAGAGGACCAUCAUCAAUGUCCUGGGUCCAGGCUCAACAACCAAUGGGCUAGGUGAAGAGAUUACAGCAAACGGUGUUGCUCUUGUCGAAGAAAUAGGCGAUGUCGAUGCAGUUGGAGAGGUCAAACAAGCAUGGGAGGCAUUGAAAAAUGUCGAUCUACUUGAUGUAUCUCCUGAAGGCACACAGAGAUGGGUCAAGGCGGAAAACACCUACAACGAGCGGACCUCAAGGGUAGAGAAUUCUAUCAUUGCGCGAUUGCGCGAUCGGUUAGCAACAGCGAAGAACGCGAAUGAGAUGUUCCGUGUUUUCUCUCAAUUUAAUGCUCUCUUUGUUAGACCUAAGAUUCGAGGAGCUAUUGCUGAAUACCAAAAUCAGCUCAUAGAGAAUGUCAAACAAGCCAUAGCAGGUCUCCACGAGCGAUUUAAACAACAGUAUGGCCACUCAGAAGCGCAUGCGAUGGCACAGCUGCAUGAUUUGCCCCCAGUUUCCGGUGCCAUCAUCUGGGCACGCCAGAUUGAGCGACAACUUGACGGAUAUAUGAAAAAGGUUGAAGACAUCUUGGGGUCAGAUUGGGCCCUACAUAGCGAGGGGCAAAAGCUUCAGACGGAAAGCGAGCUAUUCAGGAAGAAAUUGAACACGCAAGCGAUCUACAAGGCAUGGGUUGAAGACGUACAACGAAAACAUAUUUCGAUCUCUGGCCGACUUUUCAAUAUUAACAAGAUCAGGGCUGCCAACAAUGCCUUGGAACUGUCUGUGAACUUUGACGCGCAGAUAAUUGCGUUAUUCAAGGAGACUCGAAACCUUGGUUGGCAAAACUUCAAUGUUCCCCAUGCCGUCAACAACGUCGCAAAAGAAGCUAAGCGGGUUUAUCCUUACGCUGUUAGUCUAAUGGAGAGCGUAAGAACUUUUGCUCAGACAACCAAGCAGAUCUCAGAUAUGUCUGAAGUUUCCAUUUUACUCAGCGGCUACCAGAGUGAUGUUCAUGUCCUAAUCGCUAAAGGCAUCCCCCUCAAAUGGGAAACGUUUGUCAAUACGUGGGAGGCAUAUCAGAAGCCGACGUUGCUGCCAAACGGUGCUAUUGAGCACUCUGGAGGUCGGGGAACUGAGAGCAAGCACGUUCUGUUUGUCCGAGAAUUUGCGGCAGCCGCCUCUUUGUUGCAGUCCAAGACUGUGACGCUCAUUAAUAUCCAUAUAAAUGUCCAGAAAGCCUUGGCAGAGUUGGCCAGUUGCCCAUAUGAAGCGUCUGAGUUUGAGUCGCGAUUGCAAAUUAUCCAAGCUGCUGUUGACCAACUGAAUCUUGAGCAAUACGUGAACUUAGGCUUCUGGGUUGAAAGAAUGAAUGAACGGAUCAAGAGGACGCUCCUGACUCGCUUACAACAUGCCGUCUCCAGCUGGAUAGAAGCAUUCCAGGAUGACACUCCUGUUAAACAAAUCGAGGCUCAUCGUCGAAAGCAGCUAGCCCCUACAGGAGAACCACUCUUGUCAGGUAAGCCCUCGAUGGCACCAUUGAUCCAUGAAAUCACCAUGCGUAACCAAGUAAUCUACUUGGACCCUCCUCUAGAGCAGGCCAGGGCCAGUUGGUUCUCACAACUACACGACUAUAUUGGCAUCGUAUGCAACCUACCCAAGAUCAAGGCAUCCCGGUACCAAAUGAGCCUGACGCUAAGCACUGUUGUGCUCGAAGAAGCGCGCUUCAAUGAUCUCCCAAGCGACUGCACUGAUAUAUUGGGCAGAGUCUAUACCUCGAUCGAGACCAAGCUGCAGGGAAUCAGUGAAUAUGUGGACAAGUGGCUUCAGUUCCAGUCACUAUGGGACUUGCAAUCUGAACAAGUCUACGAGCUAUUGGGCGAUGGGCUUUCUAAAUGGCUGCAGUUGUUACAAGAGAUUCGAAAAUCUCGUGCAACUUUUGACACGUCGGAAGUUAGUCGCACAUUUGGUCAUAUUACCAUUGAUUACGGGCAAGUACAGGACAAAGUCAAUGCGAAGUAUGAUCAGUGGCAACACGAGAUCCUGCUCAAGUUUGCUGGACGCCUUGGCACUCGCAUGCGGGAGGUGUAUGCUGAAAUUGAGAAGGCGCGGCGUGACUUGGAGACAAAAGGCCUUGAUGCCACUUCGACUGCGCAGGCUGUGCAGUUCAUUACUAUUGUGCAAGCUUGUAAGAGGCAGGUCAAGGCUUGGGCCCCCGAGGUUGAGACUUUUCGCCAGGGACAAUCAACUCUGGUUCGAAAUAGAUACAAUUUACCCAGUGAUUGGGUAGAUGUCCAACAGGUCGAUUCACAAUGGGACGCUCUCAAUGAGAUUCUCGCCAAAAAGGCCAAAGUAGUACAAGACCAAACAGAUGCUCUCAAGGCGAAGAUCUUGGCUGAGGAUCAGGUAGUGACGGACAAAAUUGCCGAAAUCGGUGUUCAAUGGAAUAAAGAAAAGCCUGUCUCAGGCACAAUUGCCCCUGAUGUUGCAUCCGCUACGCUCGCCUCGUUUGAGACUCAUAUCACACGACUUCAAGAAGAUUUUGAAAUGGUUUCCAAAGCGAAAGAGGCUCUCGAUCUUCCCCCAAGCCCCGAAUCAUCUCUCGCCAUGAUUCUAGAAGAGGUUCAUGAUUUCAAAUCUGUGUGGGCUGCGCUCUCCACCAUCUGGAAGAGCCUUAACGAGCUUCGGGAGACACUCUGGACUAGUGUGCAGCCUAGAAAGAUACGUGGUUCAAUUGAUAAUCUUAUCAAGAUGACGAAGGAGAUGCCUAGUAGAAUGCGACAAUAUGCUGCAUUUGAACAUAUCCAAAACAUUCUUCGCCAGCAUUUGAAAGUGAACAGUCUUCUGGGCGACUUGAAAUCAGAGGCUAUUCGAGAUCGUCAUUGGACGAAGAUCUGGAAAGACAUCAAACCUGGACGACGUUAUUCGCCUGUCUCCAUGACUCUUGGAGAUGUCUGGGAUCUUAAUUUGGUUGCUACUGAGGUCAUUGUCAGAGAUAUUAUCACACAAGCACAAGGCGAAAUGGCACUGGAAGAAUUCCUGAAGCAGGUCAAGGAGACGUGGAACAACUAUCAGCUUGACCUAGUUGCUUAUCAGAACAAGUGUCGUCUCAUCCGUGGCUGGGAUGAUCUAUUCGCGAAAUGUAGUGAAAACUUGAACUCCUUACAAGCGAUGAAACACUCGCCAUAUUACAAGGAGUUUGAAGAAGAAGCCUCCACUUGGGAGGACAAGCUAAAUCGCGUGCACGUAUUGUUCGACGUCUGGAUCGAUGUGCAACGCCAAUGGGUUUAUCUAGAGGGUGUGUUUACAGGUAACGCCGACAUCAAACACCUCUUACCCAUUGAGUCCUCCAGGUUUCAGAAUAUCAACAGUGAAUUUAUGACGGUGAUGAAAAAGGUCUACAAACAACCAAUGGUAAUGGAUGUGCUAAGCAUCACUGGCGUCCAAAAGUCAUUAGAGCGUUUAGCUGAGCUGCUAAACAAGAUUCAAAAGGCUCUUGGAGAGUAUCUUGAGAAAGAACGCGUUUCAUUUCCGCGCUUCUAUUUCGUUGGUGAUGAGGACCUUUUGGAGAUGAUUGGUAAUAGCAAUGAUACAUUGCGCAUUGCCAAACACUUCAAGAAGAUGUUUGCUGGUCUCACGGGUCUCGUUAUGGAUGAAGAGUCCAUUAUCUCCGGCUUCACCUCGAAAGAAGGCGAGGUUGUCCGACUCAAAAAGGAAAUCUCUCUUGCCAAGGUGCCUAAAAUCAAUGACUGGCUGGCUCUACUAGAAAGCGGUAUGAAAUAUUCUCUAGCCGAACUCCUAGCUGAAGCGGUUGAGGCAUACACGCCGAUCUUUGAAUCCGACAACAUCGAUCACGCAGCAGUUGAUGAGUUCAUGAAUACAUACCCUAGUCAAAUAGUUGUACUAGCAACACAGGUUGUGUGGACUACCGCAGUUGAGACUACGUUAGCCGCUGGGGGUAGUGGUCUCCAGCCUCUGUUUGAACGAGAAGUUCAGAUCCUUAAGCUUCUAGCAGAGACCGUCCUGGGAGACCUCGAAGUCAUUCAGCGAAAGAAGUGCGAGGCUCUUAUCACAGAGUGUGUUCACCAGCGUGACGUAAUUGAAAAGCUCGUCAAACUCAAUGCGACUUCAACGACACAUUACUUUUGGCUGCUGCAAAUGCGAUACGUCUACGUGCCAGAGGGAGAUUUCAUGCAACGCCUCCAUAUCAAGAUGGCCAAUGCGAGACUCAACUAUGGGUUUGAAUACCUCGGUGUUCCUGAUCGGCUGGUGAGAACACCUCUGACGGACCGUUGCUUUGGUACUCUCACCCAAGCCCUUGAGCAGAGACUUGGUGGAUCACCAUAUGGACCGGCUGGUACUGGCAAGACGGAAUCUGUCAAAGCACUAGGUGUUCAGCUCGGUCGUUUUACCCUCGUAUUUUGUUGUGAUGAUACUUUUGACUUUCAAGCCAUGGGUCGCAUCUUCCUGGGUAUUUGCCAAGUAGGUGCAUGGGGUUGCUUUGAUGAGUUCAACCGUCUUGAGGAGAGAAUUCUCUCUGCUGUGUCGCAGCAAAUACAAAACAUUCAACUCGGUCUUAAGCAAGGCGCUGAAAAUGACACGGCCCAGAUUGAACUUGUUGGGCGCCAGCUUCGUGUCAAUGCAAACACGGGUAUUUUCAUAACCAUGAACCCUGGCUACGCCGGUCGUUCCAAUCUACCUGACAAUCUUAAGAAACUAUUCCGUAGCGUUGCUAUGUCAAAGCCGGACAAAGAACUUAUCGCAGAGGUUAUGCUUUACUCUCAAGGUUUCAAUCAGGCUAAACAACUAUCGAAGCAAACUGUGCCUUUUUUCGACCAAUGUUCUGCGAAAUUGUCCAAGCAAGCCCACUACGACUUCGGACUUCGGGCCUUGAAGAGUGUGCUUGUAAGCUCGGGUGGUCUCAAACGUGCCCGUCUCCUAGACAGCGACGGACUUAUUGGCAAAGAGGAAGUCGUAGAGCCCGAGAUCAUCGUUCAGAGCAUCAGAGAAACUAUUGCACCUAAACUCAUUCGGAAAGACGUCGAGAUUAUGGCUGAUAUUGAGUCAAAUUGCUUCCCUGGUGUCCAGUACGUACCAGCUAACCUACUGCAACUCGAACAAGCUAUUCGCCGCCUUGCAUCAGAGAGACACCUGGUCGUCACAGACACUUGGAUGACCAAAGUUCUUCAGCUCUAUCAGAUUCAAAAUAUCCAUCAUGGAGUUAUGAUGGUAGGCAGCUCCGGGACCGGCAAGUCUGCUGCUUGGCGGUUGCUGUUAGAUGCAUUGCAGCAGGUUGAAAGCGUUGAGGGCAUUUCCCACGUCAUCGACUCCAAGGUCAUGUCAAAGGAAGCUCUAUAUGGUAAUCUUGACUCAACUACUCGGGAGUGGACUGAUGGUUUGUUCACCAGCAUACUCCGCAAGAUAGUUGAUAAUCUACGUGGGGAAGAUUCUAAACGACACUGGAUCGUCUUCGAUGGUGACGUUGAUCCGGAAUGGGUUGAAAAUCUGAAUAGUGUGUUGGACGACAACAAACUUCUCACACUUCCCAAUGGUGAACGUCUCAACUUACCACCGAAUGUCCGUAUUAUGUUUGAAGUAGAGACGCUGAAGUAUGCGACCCUAGCCACGGUCAGUCGAUGCGGUAUGGUAUGGUAUAGCGAAGAUACCGUUACACCUAGCAUGCUUGUUGCUCAUUACCUUGACACCCUAAGAUCUGUACCUUUCGAAGAUUUGGAUGAAGACACCGCCGCCGCAGGACAAAGUCCAGCUAAGACGUUACAAAUCCAAAGCCAAGUUGCUGAUUUGUUGAAUACCUACUUGAUGACCGAUGACUUCAUUAUUGAAGCUCUCAAACAGGCUGAAGCAUUCAAUCAUAUCAUGGAGUUUACUGUCGCUCGUGUCCUGACCACUCUAUUCUCGUUGCUCAACAAGGCAGUUAGAGAUAUGAUUGAAUAUAACGCAUCACAUAUCGAUUUCCCCUUGGAUCCUGAGCAAAUUGAAGUCUAUGUAUCGAAGAAGCUUCUACUCGCUCUUGUUUGGGCUCUCACAGGCGAUUGUCCACUCAAUGAUCGGAAGACAUUUGGCGACAAAGUCGGGACUCUCGCAAGUUUUGGAUCACCUCCCUUGGAUGGGACCAGCUCUCUUAUUGAUUUUGAUGUUUCUCUACCUCAAGCCGAGUGGACGUCAUGGCAGAACCAAGUUCCAGCAAUCGAAGUUAAUACUCAUUCUAUCACCCAAACUGAUGUGGUUAUUCCUACCUUAGACACGGUCCGGCAUGAAGACGUGCUUUACUCCUGGCUUGCGGAACAUAAACCACUCCUUCUGUGUGGCCCCCCCGGUUCAGGCAAGACUAUGACUCUAUUUAGCGCUCUUCGCAAGCUUCCCAAUAUGGAAGUUGUUGGACUCAAUUUUUCUAGUGCUACGACUCCGGAUCUCUUGAUCAAGACUUUCGAGCAGUAUUGCGAGUACAAGAAGACCCUUAAUGGCGUUAUGCUAUCACCGACGCAAAUUGGUCGCUGGCUUGUCAUCUUUUGCGACGAGAUCAACCUUCCUGCUCCAGACAAGUAUGGCACCCAGCGAGCUAUCUCAUUUCUUCGACAACUCGUUGAACAUAACGGCUUCUGGCGCACUUCUGAUAAAUCCUGGGUGACUCUUGAUCGAAUACAAUUUGUUGGGGCAUGCAAUCCUCCAACCGAUGCCGGGCGGACACCUAUGGGUGCUCGUUUCCUUCGUCAUGCCCCGCUCAUCAUGGUCGAUUAUCCUGGUGAAUUAUCUCUACUUCAAAUCUAUGGCACUUUCAACUCGGCAGUUCUUAAGAUAAUAUCUUCAUUACGAGGAUACGCUGACGCACUUACACAAGCUAUGGUUCGUUUCUAUCUUGAGUCUCAGCAGCGCUUCACGCCCCAAAUCCAGCCUCACUAUGUCUAUAGUCCCCGUGAAUUAACGCGGUGGGUUCGUGGUGUAUAUGAAGCUAUCCGUCCCCUUGAGACCCUUUCGGUUGAAGGACUUGUUAGAAUCUGGGCUCACGAGGCACUUCGGCUUUUCCAAGAUCGUCUAGUUGCCGAGGAGGAGCGACAGUGGACAGAACAAGCCGUUCACAGAAUUGCGCUGGAAUACUUCCCCAAUAUGGACCAAUCUAAGGCGCUGGGUGGCCCCAUCCUAUUUUCUAAUUGGCUGUCGAAGAAUUACGUCCCUGUCGAUCGCGAGCAGCUUCGUGAUUUUGUGAAAGCUCGCCUGAAGACAUUUUGCGAAGAAGAAGUUGAUGUUCCUCUUAUCCUUUUUAACGAUGUGCUCGAGCAUGUUUUGCGCAUUGACCGUGUCUUCCGGCAACCCCAGGGGCAUUUGAUUCUAAUAGGUGUCAGUGGUAGUGGGAAAACUACAUUGUCGAGAUUUGUUGCUUGGAUGAAUGGUCUCAAAGUCUUCCAAAUCAAAGUACAUGGCAAAUACUCAGCAGAAGAUUUUGAUGAUGACCUUCGAGAGGUGUUGCGUCGUUGUGGCUGUAAGGGAGAGAAGAUCUGCUUUAUCAUGGACGAGUCAAAUGUCCUCGACUCAGGCUUCCUAGAACGGAUGAACACCUUGCUGGCUAAUGCUGAAGUUCCUGGCCUUUUCGAAGGUGACGACUUUGCUGCACUAAUGACAGCUUGUAAAGAAGGCGCUCAACGACAAGGCCUUUUAUUGGACUCCCAAGAGGAGCUAUACAAGUGGUUCACACAGCAAAUUGUCAAAAAUUUACAUGUGGUCUUUACCAUGAAUCCUCCUGAGGACGGAUUAUCCUCGAAGGCCGCUACUAGUCCAGCCCUGUUCAACCGCUGUGUAUUGAAUUGGUUUGGUGACUGGUCUGAUCAAGCACUCUUCCAGGUGGGCAAUGAGUUAACCCACUCUGUCGACCUGGACAAACCAAACUUUGUGGCUCCUGAUAGUAUACCUGUGGCCUAUCGCGGCCUCAAUCUGCCACCCUCACACAGAGAAACCAUUAUCAAUUCCAUGGUAUAUAUUCAUUACUCUUUGCAACGAUUCAACACCAAACUCCAGAAACAGCAAGGCAAAGUCACGUUCCUCACCCCACGCCACUUCUUGGACUUCGUUGCACAAUAUGUCAAACUUUACAACGAGAAACGGGAAGAUCUCGAGGAGCAGCAGCGACAUCUCAAUGUUGGUCUAGACAAGCUCAGAGAUACAGUCGAAAAAGUUCGCGACCUGCGGGUUAGUCUUGCUGAGAAGAAAACACAAUUGGAGGCAAAAGAUGCGGAGGCCAACGAAAAGCUUCAGCGCAUGGUUGCUGACCAACGUGAAGCCGAACAACGCAAGAACACAUCACUAGAGAUUCAGGCGGCCCUCGAAAAACAAGAAGCAGAAGUAGCAACCCGAAAGGAGGUUGUCUUGAGUGAUCUCGCCAGAGCUGAACCAGCUGUUGAGGAAGCUAAAGCCAGUGUCAGUAACAUCAAGCGGCAGCAUUUGACAGAAGUUCGAUCUAUGGGUUCACCUCCGCAGGGUGUGAAGCUCGCCAUGGAGUCUGUGUGCACCUUGCUGGGUCAUAAGAUAACAGACUGGAAGAGUAUCCAAGGUAUAGUUCGACGGGAUGAUUUCAUUGCAAGCAUUGUCAAUUUUGACAACGAAAAACAAAUGACCAAGUCUAUGAGGACAAAAAUGCGAUCCGGCUACCUGAACAAUUCCGAGUUCACAUUCGAGAAGGUCAACCGUGCCAGUAAGGCCUGUGGCCCUUUGGUUCAGUGGGUAGAAGCCCAGGUCAAUUAUUCUGAGAUCCUCGACCGCGUUGGGCCAUUGCGAGAUGAAGUCGAACAGCUUGAGGAGCAAGCCCUCCAGACUAAGGCUGAGGCCAAGGCUGUGGAAAACACGAUUACCAGUCUAGAAGAGAGCAUCGCUACGUACAAGACAGAGUACGCCGCUCUCAUUAGCGAGACUCAAGCCAUCAAAACUGAAAUGUCUCGCGUACAGUUCAAGGUGGACCGAAGUGUGCGAUUAUUGGAUAGUCUGUCAUCAGAGCGAACUCGAUGGGAAGAAGGUAGCAAGUCAUUUGAAACCCAGAUCAGCACAUUAGUUGGUGAUGUUUUGGUCGCUGCCGCCUUCCUCGCUUAUAGUGGCCUGUAUGACCAAACAUUCCGUAAGUCAAUGAUGGAGGAUUGGCUGCACCAGCUUCAUCUUUCAGGUGUCAGCUUCAAGCCCCACAAUCCCAUGACCGAAUACUUGUCCACUGCGGAUGAACGACUAUCAUGGCAAGAAAAUACACUACCAGUGGAUGAUCUUUGUACAGAGAAUGCGAUCAUUCUCAAGCGUUUCAACAGAUACCCUCUCAUCAUUGAUCCGUCCGGCCGAGUAACCGAGUUCCUGCAGCGAGAAUGUCAAGACCGCCGAUUGACAGUCACUAGUUUCUUGGAUGACUCCUUUACGAAGCAACUUGAGAGCGCACUACGAUUCGGCAACCCAAUUCUCAUACAGGAUGCAGAACACCUGGAUCCUAUCCUUAACCACGUUCUUAACAAAGAGUAUCAGAAAACGGGAGGUCGUGUUCUCAUCCAGCUUGGCAAGCAGCAAAUUGAUUUCUCCCCUGCUUUCAAAAUAUUUCUAUCCACCCGCGAUCCUUCUGCUACAUUCCCACCAGAUAUCUGCAGCCGCACAACAUUCGUCAAUUUCACGGUAACUCAGAGUAGUCUCCAGACUCAGUCGCUUAAUGACGUCCUGAAAUCCGAGAGACCAGAUGUUGAUGAGCGACGAUCCAAUCUUAUCAAACUACAAGGUGAAUUCAAAGUACAUCUUCGACAAUUGGAGAAACGCCUCCUACAGGCUCUGAACGAGUCUCGUGGCAACAUACUUGAUGACGAUAAUGUUAUUGAGACACUAGAGACACUGAAAACCGAAGCUGGGGAGAUCACUGCUAAGAUGAGCAAUACCGAAGGUGUCAUGGCCGAGGUGGAUGAAAUCACGCAGCAGUACAGUAUCAUCGCACGAUCUUGCAGUGCUGUAUUCGCCGUUCUUGAACAACUUCAUUAUCUCAACCACUUCUACCAAUUCUCGCUUCAAUAUUUCCUCGAUAUCUUCCAUUCUGUUCUCCACGGUAACAAGAACCUUGCCAACGAAACCAACCACAAUAUUCGAAGAGAUAUAAUCAUCCGAGAUCUCUUCGUGACUACUUUCAAGAGAACCGCACUCGGUCUAAUCCAGAAGGACCGAAUUACUUUGGCCAUGUUGCUCGCCCAAGCGUCCCCAUACAAGAUGGACAAGGGACUCAUCGAUGUUAUUCUGGAUGACAGGAUUGACGGCAGGGAUUUGUCGACUGAUAUAACUGAGAGAGAAUCCACCUUUGCCCAAGCAAAGAGGCUUAGUGUCUUAAAAGACAAACUUGACUUGGCGCCCCCCGAUGCCUGGGAAAAGUUCUUCUCUGAAGAAUUGGCCGAGAACGUUGUCCCCCAGAUUUGGCAAGCUGACAGUGAGCCAUUUGAUCAGGGCCUGUUGUCACUACUCUUGAUCAGGGUGUUCCGUCUUGAUCGCUUUGUACCCGCUGCUGAACGCUUCGUCACGUCGGUCUUUGGCCCUGAGCUGUUUGACAUUGUUGAGGAUUUGAAGGGAACUGUUGAACAAGUAUCAUCAACACAUCCCAUCUCACUCGUUUCAAGUCCUGGCUUUGAUGCCAGUUAUAAAGUCGACAACUUGGUAGAACGAAUGCAUACCAGGUGUACCAACAUCGCCAUGGGAUCGAAUGAAAGUCUUGCCAGCGCCGAUAAGGCUGUAAGCAAUGCAGCACAAGUUGGAAACUGGGUCCUCAUCAAGAAUGUCCAUCUUGCACCCACCUGGCUUCAGUCUCUUGAGAAACGCAUGGAAUCUCUCAACCCGCACUCCGAUUUCAGGCUGUUUCUAUCCAUGGAAUCAAGUCCCAAGAUUCCUGUCAACUUGCUCCGUGCGUCUCGGGUCCUCAUGUAUGAGCAGCCAGCUGGUGUUAGAGCGAAUAUGAAAGACUCAAUGUCCUCACUCGCUACUCGAGCGACAAAGAGCCCUGUCGAACGUACUAGGCUAUAUCUACUUCUUUCGUUUCUACACGCCGUGGUUCAGGAGCGACUACGAUAUGCACCCAACCUUGGAUGGAAAGGCUUUUGGGAGUUCAAUGACAGUGAUUAUGAAUGUUCAGCGUUCAUUAUCGAUACAUGGCUUGAUUUUGUGGCACAGAACCGUUCGAACAUAGCCCCACAGAAUAUACCAUGGGAAAUGAUCUGCUACCUCGUCCGCGAGACAUAUGGCGGCAAGAUUGACGACGAGGGCGAUUUCAAACAGCUGACAACCUUGGUCAACCAGAUCCUGACGCCGUCGGCCUAUGAUAUCGGGCACAAACUGGUGGAAGGAUCUGAGAAAGACGGGCAGGAAUCCAGCUUGGUGGUCCCGUCAGGCACGUCACUACAAGAAUUUAUGGACUGGAUUCAGAAGCUCCCAGAACGCGAACCGCCAACGUAUCUAGGCCUCCCCGCCAAUGCGGAGAAACUCCUCCUCGUCGGAUUAGGCCAAAGCCUGAUCCAGAACUUGAAGAAGGUGACAGAGCUGCUAGAUGAGGGAGAGCAGCUCGUGACAGAAUCUGGAGAGAGCAAUUAA